AUUGCAAAAAGCACGUGCCUUUGACCAAAUUACGACUUGGAACUUGGAAGCUUCGGAAAGGUCAAGGUGGCCCUCUCUCCUCUAUCCUUGGCAACAACAACAAGCCCUAAUCCUUUUUUCUUCUUCUUGCACUUCCCAAAGCAAUAGCUUCCAUUGUACUAUUCAUCCACUGAUUGCAAUUAGAAACGUCCUCUUCACACUCUCAAUUCAAAUUCAAGGUUUCGCAUUCUCACCGCUCACUUCGUUUUCCUUUUCUUUUCUUUUUUUCCCGCUUUAGUGUUAUUGGGUGCUCUGAGUGAGUUUUCGAUUCUUGAUCAACAAUUUCGCGCAUUCAGCUGAAAUAACUUGGGGAAGCAUUAUGCCAGCGGCACGGUAUUUUUCUCCUGCAGACACGAUAGAGCAAAAGUUACAAAUUGAAAGGAGGCUUGGUAGUGUGAAAACACGCAAGUACUUUAAUCUUCUGGAGAGAUUUCUGAGUUUCAAAAUUAGCAAACAUGAGUUUGAUAGGGUCUGCAUUGCAACUAUUGGGAGAGAAAAUGUCCCUCUUCAUAAUCAUUUUCUCAAGUCAAUCUUGAGAAAAGCAUGUCCCUCCAAGACAGCCGGGUCAAGAGAAAGCAAAGUAGAAAGUUCUUUGAACGUGAAAACACCAAAUGGGUGUAGCAACCUUCAGAUACUGUGCAAGGAUUUUCCUCAAUCUCCUCGAAAAGGCAGGACUCCAAAUUUGCGUGAUCGCAGAUCCAGGGACCGUCCGAGCCCUCUUGGUCCUAAUGGGAAGAACAACAGCAUUGGGUGUGAGGAUUCAGUCCCAAAAAUUCAUGAACAGCAAAGUAUUCUUAAUCUUCAAUCUGCAGGUAGUAGACUUCCUCUCUCUGUGGAAGAUGGGGAGGAGGUUGAUCAGGAUUAUGAAAUCCUGAACCUUUUCAAAAAGAGUCCUAUUCAAGCACCUCUUGCUAUUCCCACUUACAACAGAAGACCACAGCCAAAAUAUUUAUCCCAAGGAUUAUCAUCUGGUACUGUUAGUGAUACCUGUCAAAGCAUUGCUCAGCUACCUGAUACAUGUUCUUUGACAAAAAGGUUGGAGCAGAAAUUGGAAAUAGAAGGACUUAAGAUCUCAACGGAUGCUGCCAGCUUGUUAAAUAAUGCACUUGAUGUUUACCUCAAAAGAUUGAUAAAGCCCUGUUUGGAUUUAGCUGCUUCAAAGUCUGUAAAUAAGUUCAGUGGUCCAAUACAACCUGGUUUGAAUGAACUACCACUGAGAAGAUGUGUGCAAAAGCCUAUUAGAUCUGCUUCUGUAUCUAUAUCAGACUUUAGAACAGCAGUAGAGUUGAAUCCUACUAUAUUAGGGGAAGAUUGGCCACUAAAUUUAGAGAAGGUUUGUCUAUGUGCAUUAGAAGAAUGAACCAAGACAGUUUCAACACUGUACUGAUGCCAGCUAUAAAAUUGAAUUUUCCUCAAAGUAAUGAUAUUGGAAUAGGUAAGUCAUUCCUGAAUCUAUUAUUGAUUUUUCACUCAAAAUUGCUGACAUACGUAAGUGGAAAUAUGAGAAGUUUUGAUCUGCUGACUGCAAUCUGUAUAGGUUUCAGUGUUUAGAAAUUUGGUUUGGGACAUUAUGAGAUAUUAAAUUGUAAAAUCAUUAGCCACCAUAAGAAUAAAAUUUAGUGCAAAGAAGGGAUAUCUUCUCGAUAUAGGUAGGUUAUUUCUUCAUUGUAUUGAAUUUUGUUUUGUAAAGCUCAUGUUCAGUUUUCCAUUACAAACACAUUCUGUUUUGUUCU